CGGAAGCGAAGCAACGAUGGCGGAGAGUCCGACCGAGGAGGCGGCGACGGCGACGGCGGGCGCCGGGGCGGCGGGCCCCGGGGCCAGCGGCGUGGCUGGUGUCGUUGGCGUUAGCGGGAGCAGCGGCGGGUUCGGGCCCCCGUUUCUGCCGGAUGUGUGGGCGGCGGCGGCGGCGGCGGGCGGGGCCGGGGGGCCGGGGAGCGGCCUGGCCCCGCUGCCCGGGCUCCCGCCCUCGGCCGCUGCCCACGGGGCCGCGCUGCUCAGCCACUGGGACCCCACGCUCAGCUCCGAUUGGGACGGCGAGCGGACCGCGCCGCAGUGUCUCCUUCGGAUCAAGCGGGAUAUCAUGUCCAUUUAUAAGGAGCCGCCUCCAGGAAUGUUCGUUGUACCUGAUACAGUUGACAUGACAAAGAUUCAUGCAUUGAUCACAGGCCCAUUUGACACUCCUUAUGAAGGGGGUUUCUUCCUGUUCGUGUUUCGGUGUCCGCCCGACUAUCCCAUCCACCCGCCUCGGGUCAAACUGAUGACAACGGGCAAUAACACAGUGAGGUUUAACCCCAACUUCUACCGCAAUGGGAAAGUCUGCUUGAGUAUUCUAGGUACAUGGACUGGCCCUGCCUGGAGCCCAGCCCAGAGCAUCUCUUCCGUGCUCAUCUCCAUUCAGUCGCUGAUGACCGAAAACCCUUAUCACAACGAGCCUGGCUUCGAACAGGAGAGACAUCCAGGAGACAGCAAGAACUAUAACGAAUGUAUCCGGCACGAGACCAUCCGAGUGGCCGUGUGUGACAUGAUGGAAGGGAAAUGUCCCUGCCCUGAGCCUCUACGUGGUGUGAUGGAGAAGUCCUUCCUGGAGUAUUAUGACUUCUAUGAGGUGGCCUGCAAAGAUCGCCUGCACCUUCAAGGACAGACCAUGCAGGACCCUUUUGGAGAGAAGCGGGGCCACUUUGACUACCAGUCCCUUUUGCUGCGCCUGGGACUGAUCCGCCAGAAGGUGCUGGAGCGGCUCCACAACGAGAACGCCGCCGAGAUGGACUCUGACAGCAGCUCGUCUGGGACGGAGACAGACCUGCACGGGGGCCUGAGGGUCUAGACCCUGCUCCCCUCGCCCCCUCCCCCUCGAGAGUCCCAGCAAAGCCCCUUCCCCUCACCCCGGGACGGAGAGACACUGUGUAUCUCCCUCCAAAUGUGACAUCAUCCUGCAAGAUGGCAAGAAUCAAGGGAGCUCGGAUCCCAGGGAGUGGGAGUUGGGAGGCUGUUCCCCAUCUGACCUCCUGGGCUCCAAACACCUGGGGUCAUGUUCAUCAGGGGCCAAGGUACCUACAGGAGCACGCAGGGUGAGGGCCUCAGGCAAACAAAACAACCAACACACCUCUCCACAGGGCCAGCUCCUUAGAGACGGGGAGGCAGCAACGGCAGCUCCAAGAGGGGCCGCGCCCACCAGUGGAUAGGGACAUCUGGCAGGGAGCUGGGGCGCGGGGGCUGUCUGUGACACUUAGAGCCACUCGAGUGGUUGUCUGUCUCUGCCGUCAGUCUUGAAGCAGGCUUCCCAGUGCCCCUUUCUGUCUCCCUCUCUUUUCCCACAGGCCAGCUCGGUUUUGUUUUUCCUGAUUUCUAGUCGCUGUUCUAGACAGACCAAAGAGAAGGGACAGUGGUGGCGGCUAGGCUGCUGAUGAGCAAGCUUUCCCUGGCACCGGAGCACCUUUCUCUGUCCCCGUUCUGUCACCCUUCCUGGGUUUCCCUCAGAAAGUAAAUGUGCCUGGGACUGAACCAAGGUCUUGGUCAAAAACCUGCCCGGGCACCAUCAACUGAGAAGAGCGUUUGUUCCUACAGUCGGUGAUUUGAGAAGUUCCCGACAGAGGCAGCUGCCGGAUGUGUGGGAGCAGAGCCACUAUGUAGAAACGAGUCACAAAUGAGAGUAUUUCAGUGGGAGUAAGGCCUUGGUGGGGAGAUGGGUGCUAGUUUUGUCUGGCUCUUCUUGUGUGUUUUCACUGCAGCCUGUAGUCCCGUCCCCCCCACUCCACCCCCCUAGGGACUUGUGGGGAGCAAGGGUAGCCAGUGGCUGAGGAAGGUAAGGGCUGGGAUUCUGGAGACUCCUCCCCUCCCCCCCACCCCCAGCCGCUCUGUCACUGGCUCUGAUGCGUGUUCGCUUGGCUGUGUCGCGUCUAGCUGUGUUUCGCCACAGUGGUCCUUUAGCUGGUUGGCUCAGAAUACGUGCUUUAGGUGCCCCGGAGUGUACUGGGCAUCAGUGGGAGUCCAUUCUUCCCUUUCUGAUGUGUUCUCCCCUGUACUUUCCAAAUUCUUCCUGUGUUAAGGCUCCCAGAGGGGCACUGGUGAUCCAUGUGACGCAGGGCCUGUCAGUACCCAGCCACCUGUAAGGGAGAGGAUAACUUGUACCUGCCCUGCCCGCUGCUAUGAAGGUGUCUGCCUUGUGGAUCACGGGAUUCCCCUGGGGGCGAUGAGGGGUAGGGGGGUGGGCACAAAGGAGAAGGUCCUAUUUGGGAGGGCAGGAAGCAAGAAACUGGACAGGGAGUGGGCUUGGGGACUGGAAGGUGGGUCUCUCCACGUGGAGACUGCAAAAGAACCCUGCUUCCAGUUUCCCCCUCUUCGUUCCCAGAACCCGUCCAGGGCUUAGACGAAUGCCCUGGGUCUGUAGGUCCAGGGUUGUCGGUCAUCCACUAAGUGUUCCCAUUUUUCAAGUGACAAUCCUCUCCUUGGCCCUGCCACGGCAGAGCAUGUCUGGCAUUGUGGCCUGACUUUUACGCCCUAAUCUUGAGUUGAGGAAACAUGCACAGGAGUCAAAGAGAUGUCUUUAUAUCUGACUGUACAUAAAUGAAGUUGUUUUUUUUUUUCCUUUUUCUUUUUGGUGCAAUAAAGUUUGUUUUGGCAGAA